AUGGCAAGCUUCACUUCCUCUAUUGCUCGUCCUACUCUCCUUCUCAAGCCUUCGAUCGCAACCAUCACCAACGAGCCUGUCUAUUGUCUUCCCCGGAUGAGUAAGAGAACCAGUGGAGUGAAAUGUUCAAUGGAGACGAAGCAACCAAAGCAAGAAGAGAAGAGCUCAACGGCGAGUGCUUCUGCGGUUGCGGUUAUGUUAACGGCGGUAAUGAGUAGCCCAGCAAUGGCGUUGGUGGACGAGAGAAUGUCAACGGAAGGAACAGGACUACCAUUUGGUAUCUGGCUCAAGGUUUUAGGGUUUUUAAAUCGACAAGUCACUCAAUCAGACUGGAGUUUCUUCUCUCCUCGCUUCCCUUCGACUUCGAAUAUCUCUCCCGGGACUGAAAUCUCUGUCUUCGUUGCGACGCUGAGUAUUGAUUUGAUUGAAAUGUUCUAUCUUAGCGAACUCGAACAUACACUAAGAGUUCCUCCUCAUCUUCUUAACCUUCCUCUCGAAGAUGCCAUUAAGUCAGUGCUUCAAAAUGUGUUCUUGGACAAGGUUUUAACAGAUUUGGGACUUUGUGUAUCUGUUUACGACAUUAAAUCAGUAGAAGGAGGGAUUGUAUUACCUGGGGUUGGUGCUGCGACUUAUAAGGUAGGUUUUAGAAUCGUCGUGUUUCGUCCAUUUGUUGGUGAGGUCAUAGCUGCAAAGUUCAAAGAAUCUGAUGCCAAUGGCUUGCGCUUAACACUUGGAUUCUUUGAAGAUAUUUAUGUGCCUGCUCCACUUAUACCGACACCCAACCGCUGUGAGCCUGACCCUUAUAAUAGGAAUCAGAAGAGAUGGGUGUGGGAAUUUGGAAAACCGAAAGAGGACUAUAUUAUCGACGAUUCCUGUCAGAUCAAGUUCCGAGUUGAGAGCAUCAGCUAUCCAUCGGUUCCAACAGAGAGAGCAGAGGAUGCGAAGCCUUUUGCUCCUAUGGUGGUCACUGGGAAUAUAGAUGAUGAUGGUUUGGGACCUGUUUCUUGGUGGGAGUCUUUUGACCAGAUUGAUCAAGAAGAGUGA